UUUUAUAGGUUUUAUUGACACACAAUGGAAAUGUACUACUACAUUUACAGAGAUUUAUUAAGUGUACAUAGGAUUGUGUGAUUUUUAAAUACUUUGCGUCGAUAAAGACCUAAGUAUUUCACAAUUGUACAGCAGAGCAUAUUGUUUAUAGACUAAUAUGACAGACUAUUCUGAUUGAUUUGUGUAGCUAUAUCCGACAAUAAGACUGAAAACAUGGACGAUUCAGUGUUCAAUGGCUAUGAUGUAACAGAGAAGAUGAUGAAGUCUUACAAGGAUAAUGGAUUCAUCAUCAUUAAGAAUAUUCUUCCCCCAGAUGAAUUAGCACAGGUACGGGAAGCCCUCGAAAACCCCAAAGGUGUACGACAACACGCUUAUGACGUAGAAGACGGAGACAAUGAGGGAAUGUUCUCAAGGAUGACAUGUUGGAAUUCUCCCGGGGAUGAUAUAACUGGAUUACUAGCUCGUUCUGAUAAGAUAGCAGGGAUUGCCGAAAAGUUGCUUGGGGAGGAUAUAUACCACUACCAUUCAAAGUUAAUGAUGAAAGAAGCCCGCACAGGGGGCAGGUGGCAAUGGCAUCAGGAUUAUGGAUAUUGGUACCAAAAUGGCAUCAUGUUUCCUAAAAUGAUGACCAUUAACAUUGCAAUCGACAAAUCCCAUAAGAUAAACGGGUGUCUACAAGUCCUAAAAGGAUCUCACAAAAUGGGGAGAGUAGACCAUGUAUUGGACGGGCAACUCGGCGUCGAACCCGAGCGCUUGAAACUAGCACAAGGGAAAUUCGAAAAGGUGUAUGCCGAACUUAAUCCAGGGGAUGCUAUAUUCUUUGACUGCAACCUGCUGCAUUCAAGUUCACCAAAUACCAGCGAAUUCCGGAGAUGGAUGCUUGCUAUGUGUUUCAACACCAAAUCUAAUAAUCCAGUUAAAGCGCACCAUCAUCCAUUUUAUACACCUUUACAAAGGGUUCCCAACUCUGCAAUCAAGGCCUGCAAAGAUCCUUUGAAUAUGAAUGGGAAAGACUUUUUGGAUCCUAAAAGUUCAACGUUGGCUGACCAGAAUAUUACCAAAGAAAUAAAGACGUAACGAAAUUGCUCGAAACAUUUGAACAAUGGCGUACUUAAACACAAAAGGUCGACAAGGAUUACAAACUAAACAUUGUGCAAAAUAUAGUAUACGGAGCGUGAAGAACAUGAUU